AUGGCCGUUCUUCAAAAAGAGAUGCGUCUGUUUGGCAAGUGGCAGUCGGAUAAUAUUAAUUUCUCCGAAUUUGGUUUGGUUGAUCACAUCCAAAUUAAGGCUCAGCACCCCCUUCUUCCUCACACUGCUGGUCGCUAUCAGGUUAAGCGGUUCCGCAAGUCUCUCUGCCCUAUUGUUGAGCGUGUCUGCAACUCGCUUAUGAUGCAUGGUCGCAACAAUGGCAAGAAGAUCAAGGCUCUCAACAUUCUCAAGCACACCUUUGAGAUUAUUCAUAUUCUCACCAACGAGAAUCCCAUUCAAGUUCUGGUGAAUGCCAUCAUCAACAGUGGAGCUCGUGAGGAUUCUACUCGUAUUGGACGUGGUGGCACAGUGCGUCGUCAGGCCGUUGAUGUGUCUCCUUUACGUCGUGUCAACCAGGCUAUUCAUCUUUUGUGUACUGGCGCUCGAGAAGCUGCCUUUCGUAACGUGAAGACUAUCUCGGAGUGCUUAGCUGACGAACUCAUCAAUGCUUCUAAGGGAAGCUCAAAUUCUUACGCCAUUAAGAAGAAAGACGAAUUAGAGCGUGUUGCCAAGUCCAACCGAUAG